GUUGGGCACAGUAGAAUCACAAAUAGCAACGGUACAAUAUUGUUCAGACCGUAACUAGAAAAAACAGCAUUUUUAUUUUUUAAUGGUAUGAGCAAUAGCUUAGCAACAAACAAAAGUUGGGUUUUGUAAAGUGAAAGCUUGUGUGUGUGAUAUUUCUCUAAGCCUCUUCUUCUCCCUCUCGUUCCCUCCCAACCCAACCCUUAUCAAUCAAUAAACAACAGAAAACGACAACACUUGAUUAAGUAUUGAAUUCUGCACCAGUUAUCCAUGGCAGCCACCCUUUACCACUUCCCAACCUUUAACUCUCUUCACCCGUAUAAACUCUUCUUCUUGAACCCAAAUAAACGGCAAGAACUGAAGCUAGCCCGGUACACCCAACAAAACCCACCUCACAAACGCUGCAGAUUUCGAGUAUCUUCUGUUAAGAAAUCCAGAAAAAUGAAAGACAAUGUGGAGCUCUGCAGAGAAAUACGAGAGUUUAUGGCUGUGGUUGGACUACCGGAGAGUCAUGUACCCACCAUGAAAGAUUUUUCCCAGCGUGGAAGGAGUGAUCUUGCAUACAUUGUUAGGCGAAGAGGGUAUAAAGUGAUUGGAGAGCUUCUUGCAAGUUCAAAUAAAACAGAUUCUGAAGGGUUUAUUUUGGAGAAAAGGGGAAAUGAAACUAAAGAUGCAGUAGAUGGUGAUGGUGAAGUUAAGGAUGAGGAGGACAGCGUUGUGUUUGGAGAUUUUCCAUCAUCAAUUGAAGCUUCUGUGGAGGGAAACUGUUCUAGCAGUUUGGUUAUGGAUGUAAAUGCCAAUUCAGAUGACUAUUAUCAUGUGCCUGUAGAAGGAUUAGAAGGUUACAAUGAGAAGGGUGAUGAUAUAAAUGAAGAUGGUUCUUUAGCAAAUGAAGUUUCCAGUAUGGAAAAUCAUUUAGCUAGUUCAAGUAUUGCUCCAGUUUUCAACUCUGAAAACCAUGUUCAAGAUGAAAAGCCUGGACCUGUAGAAGCAUCCUUGUAUAGUUUAGAAGUUGACAAUGAGAAGGGUGACUCAGUUAGUUCUAAUAUAAGUUCGGGCUUCAAUACUGGCAUUCACAAUCGAGGAGAUGAUUUAACUGUUGGGGAUGGAAUGUUGAACACAGCCUCAGAAUCUGCUGAUAUUUUUCCAGUGGAGGAAAAGAUCUUGCAAAACUUGCAGAUUGAGGAUAACAGUAAUGCCGAAGACUUUACCUUGGAAAACAAAACUCUGAUUACUGAAAAACAUCUCAACAGCUCAAACACGGACACAGAUUUCAAUUCAGAUGAACCUAGUUCUGUUCCUGUAGAUCUUUCAGCUUUAUCUUUGGAGGAAAAGGUGGCAAAUUUUAUGCACUAUGGACAUCUAGAUACAGUUGAAGAUGAUUCCUAUGGCAUACUAAGUGAGACUGGUACUGAAAAAAGCCCGGAAUAUAUUGAAUGUGUGGAUGCAGACAAAGUUCAAGCUGCGGCUUCUACCUCUGAGCACUCGGAAAAUGUGCUCAGUGGAGGAAAUGAGGCUAUAACAUUGAAUGGGAGUACAACAAAAUCUACAGAAGUUGUGGUUGCUGUAGCAGGGAACUGUUCUCUUAGAGAUGAGAAUUUAUCAGCUGAAGAAGAAAGUGCUCAGUUCAAUAAUGAUUGGGAUAGUGAGACUAUCCGAAAGGGGAAGCCUGUUGGGAUUAGUGAGCUUAAGUUCUUGCUGCAUCAAAAGGAACAGGAAUUAUCUCGGCUGAGAGAGGAAAUUGAGAAACAAAAGAAUGAUUUGUCAGUUUUGCAAGCCAAAGCUGAAACAGAAAUCAGUAAAGCCCAAAAACUCAUUUUUGAAAAAGAUGCAGAAUUACAAGCUGCUGAAGAAACCCUUUCAGGACUAGUGGAGGUGGAGAUAACAUAUUGUGGGGAUGGUGAAACUGUGGAGGUAACUGGUACCUUUAAUGGUUGGCAUCAUUGUAUUAAAAUGGAUCAAGACCCUCAAUCAACUGCUACGGAUCCCUCUGGAUCCAGGAAAUCCAAACUUUGGUCAACAGUGCUGUGGCUUUAUCCUGGGGUGUAUGAGAUUAAAUUUAUCAUUGAUGGCCACUGGAAGAUUGAUCCAGAUAGAGAAACAAUUACCCAGGGCAACAUAUGUAACAACAUUCUCCGAGUUGAAGGCUGAAAGAUUUUUGCAGGAAGAAAGCAAAAUUUUCAAUUUGUCUAGUGCAGAGGUAUAUAGGUAUAGGAGUGGUGACAAAGUUUGCCAUGUUGUGUAAGAAUAUCAAAGCUGAAGGGGCAUCAUGAACAUACAAGAGCUGUGAUCAAGAUCAUGCAGUUGUUGAAUCAAGAGCUGUGAUUUUGUUAUUUCGAUUUUUCUCGUUGUAUUACACUCGCUAAAGCCGAUUUUUAUGGCUUCAUCAAGGGCUCCUCCCUGAUCAGUGACCAGUGAUGACUGAAUGGGGAAGAAAAGCUGCUGUUGUACAUAAUGCUUUUCUAGAGAAGACCUUUUUCUUUUUACCUCAGUUUGUAGAGAUUUGUUUGGCUUGAAUAAGCAGGAUUCAAUAAUAGCAGGUAUAACAAGUGCCAAAAAAAAAUUAACGAGUCUUCAUUGAA